GUUUUCUCUUUUGAACUAGGAAGUAGGUUAAUUGGUGGACCGUAUGCAUUUUAUUCUAUGGCAUAUAAAAGACAAUUUUAUCUAAAUGCUCUCAGUUUCGUUGAAUUGUGUUAGAAAGAGUGCACUCAAUCUAGGAAUACAAUAAAUAUUUAAACUCAAGAUGAGGUUGAUCACUACGAUAGCAUUUUUCCUUUUAGCUGUGGGUCUGUCUGCAGCAAGUGAAAGACAAAAAAGGCAAGCGUCCUAUGAAGCAUACGGAGGUAAUUAUGCCGGGGCUGCACCUUACAGGCAGCAGCAACAACCUCAGCAUCAGCAACCUCAAGCCUAUCACCCUCAACAACAACCUCAACACUACCCUGCGCAACCGGCUAGGCCAGCACCUACCAGACAACAUGCAUCUGCACCAGAUGAGGAAGAAAAAGAAGAAGGCCCACACCCUCUCCAAUUGCUUUUAGAAAAAUCAAAAUUCGAAUGCAGUAACAAAGAUGGUUAUUACGCAGACAGUGACGUAGGUUGCCAAGCCUUCCAUUACUGCGUAUCAGGUCAAAAACAUUCAAUGAUGUGUCCAGCAGGUACCGUUUUCCAUCAAGUUCAUCUUAACUGCGUCCCAGAAGAUCAAAGCAUCUGCUCAAAUGCCAACAAGUUCUUCUUCGUCAAUGACUAUCUCAACAAAGAACUCGAACAAAAAGGACCAAACAACACUGUCGUCUAUGCCCAAAGAUAUUACCCUGAAAACUACGCUGUUGGAGAUCCUUUCGUCCCUCCCCAAGAGACACAAGGGGGUCACCGAGACCAACACCAGCCACCGGCAGCCACUUACGGUUUAGGACCUGCCUACAGAGAGCAAUCCCCUCAACCAGCAUCUUACCAACAACAUGCUCCUAGACCUCAACCAGCUGUGUAUCAACAACCUAGACCUCAGCCACCAGCACACCGACCUCAACCCGCAGCAUAUGCACCUCAACCAGCACCUCACCAAGCUUAUGCACCUCAACCUAGACCAAGCUACCAGCAACAACAGCAACAAGCAUACAGGGCUGUUCAAGCUCAACAAGCUCAACAAGCACAACCAGUUCAAUAUGGUUAUGGUGCUCAACAGCAACAAGCACAUCAAGCGCAGGCUUUACAAGCACAAAGAGCAUACGCACACCAACAACAACAAGCUGUAGCACCACAACAGCAUCUAUACCCGCAACAAUCAGCGCCAAGGCAGCGAUAUGUUUAAUUAAUUUAGAAUUUUAAAUGGCCAACAAUAAUGACAAGUGUGCACUUAGGAAUCUUCAUUAUAAGGAAUUUAAUUUGAAGGUUUUCAAGUUUUUAAUAUUAAAAAAAAAUAUUUAUUGAAAUGAGAACACCAAAAACAUUUAUUCAUACAUUACACUAAUACAUAAUUUAAAGUAAAGAAGUAUGAAAACU